UGACGCGAAACAUAGCAAGAAGCUUCUAUAAAAUAUCGAGUGGCGUAUUGACAAAACCGAGGCCGCCUGUCUCCACCUCCCACGUCGAUUCCAAACAUCCCGCCUCGGCCUAGCCCCGCCUACUUCACGUAAAUAUCCUUUUACAUUAUGUUAUAUACUUACUUAUUUCACCUUACAUAUUUUAGUAAAGGUACGGAGGGCUCUGGUAUAUGAGGCUUGUGUUCCUAGUACAUAAAGUGUUAGCUCGCGGAUGGAUGUGUGUCUGGAGCCCAGUGUUAUAUAACGGUUCUAUUUCAAUUGUUUAAUCAGUCGUUUCAAUUUAAUCUCUGUACAAUUCUUCAUAAUAAGGAUAUAAGUAUUUCUAUUCAAUAAUAACAAUCUUAAACUACAACAGUUUCCUAUUUUGAGAUUGUCUGAAUAAUAUCUUAAAAGCAGACCACAAACACAAAGUAAUACAAUGCAAGUAGCCCAGUGAAAACAGAACUGCAAUAAAACCACAAAAGCAGCAAGAAAACAAUGAAUAUUCAAAAGCAGAUUCCCUUCACGAAAAGUUUCCGCGAAGAGAACCGGAACCAUUUCUGAUACACGAUUCAUGAGUAACAAACAGGACUUUAACAAACAAAAUCAACAGAGCAGGCCCAACGGCUAAGAAGCCGAACUGCUCGUACAAUGUCGGUGGAACAGUUAGCGCUAACAAGCCAGCCAUGCAAAGUUGCUAAACAGUGAGUCUGCGAGCCCCGCGGUCGAAUAAUUCCCCCGACCGGACACUAACUGGAAAACUGGCCACUUGUUUGUCAGUUCGGCCGCUGGUUAGUGUAGCGGCUCCUGGUGCGGCUGGAAAGAAUGACGAUAUAGCGUCGAGAUAAGUUUGGAACAAGCCAGUGGGUGUGUAGGAGGUGGUUCACGGCUGACUGGCGCUGGAUGUGGCUGAAGAGAUAAUGGAGAGCCAGUCGCUGGGCCGCGCGCGCCACCCGCCCGCCGCGCGCAACCACAUCGUCUACACCGACCAAAAAGGAAGAAAGAUUCCGUACGCUGACAAAACCACUCCUGAACCGAUCCUGAACAAUAAUACAAGUCGAGACACAAAGGAGUCGAUACGAAACAGUUAUAAUAGCCAAUUCAAAGUUGGGAUCUACGGGUGGCGGAAAAAAUGUCUCUACAUUCUUGUCAUGGCGCUGAUGCUCAUGAUGAUCAUCAACCUGGCACUGACGCUUUGGGUCCUCAAAGUCAUGGAUUUCAAUUCUGAGGGCAUGGGCCAGCUACGCAUCGUGCCGGGCGGCCUGCAGCUGCUGGGGCAGGCGCUCGUGCUCGACUCCAUGUUCGCGUCCAGCAUCAAGGCGCGCCGCGGACAGCCCAUCACCCUCGAGUCGUCCAGGAACUUCACCAUAUCGACGAGAGAUCCGGACGGGCUGCUACAGAGCAGACUGUUUUUGGGUCACGACCGUCUAGAAAUAACCGCGAGCCGCCUGGAGGUCCGCGACAGUCGAGGGCAGCUGCUGCUGGGCGCCGCCCACGACGCGGUGACGGUGGGCGCCGACGCCCUCAGCCUCACCAGCCCGGCUGGAGCCACCUUUCAUGUCGCUGUGCAGACGCCUGUCGUCAAGGCGCCGCCGGCUAAACCUCUUAUGUUGGAGUCCCCGACGAGGUCCCUGGAGAUGCAGGCGGCACAGAGUGUGAGCAUUGAGUCCCGCGCCGGGGACAUCAGCGCCACCUGUCUCACCACCUUCCAGCUGCGGUCUAUAGCUGGAUCGAUACGGCUCGACGCACCGAGCAUAUACAUGCCAAAGCUGAAGUCAGCGCUGCCGCUGCCACCCUCGCAGCCGCACUCGCACGACCCACACCAUCAGAACAUCUACCAGCUCUGCGCAUGCGCGAAUGGCAAGCUGUUCCUCGCGCCGCCCCACGGCGCCUGCGCAGCCAGAGAAGACAGCCUCAUAUGUCGAUGAUGGCAUUCCGCCAGUGUCUAUUGUACAGGUUUACAAAACAAUUUGAAGUGAAAAGUGUUCAUAAAGUUCAAUUGUGUAAUUUGUGUUGGAGUGUAGGUUCAGAACUAUGGUAACUAAUGAGGGUUUAUUGUAGCUUGAGUGUGCAGGUGUUAUAAAACAAUGAAUAAUUGAGCUGAAAAUUUAAUGCAUUUUUUAUUUGGUUCAUCAAAUACAUAAUAUGUAUAAAAUUCAAGUGCAGCUUGCCAGUAUUUACGCAGUGUUGUACAAAUUGUUGUGUUUAUAUUCGUUGUGUCUGACCUCCUGUGGGGCUUUGUUUUCAAAACAUUAUUGUAAGCAAUAUCAACAUGGUUCUACAACGACCUUAUUUAUGAUCUAGAUUAGAAAAAUAUAUACGAAGACUAAGAAAAAUAUAUUUCUGUGACGCUUUAAGUGUGUUUUCUUAGCUUUCUUCUAGAAGUUAUUCCGAUAUUUUCAAUUUUAAUUAUCGUGACAUAGUGCCUUUCGGAAUUACAACUAGGCUGAUAAUAAAUUCUGGGAGUGUUUAAUAAAUUGAAAUAUAAAUCAAAAGUAACAUAUCAAAAAUAGAAGUAAAUUAAACAGUUGUUGUUUGUUACACUUUUUUGUUAAUGUUCUAUUUAUGUCGGCCACAUUUCACUUAAAACUUUGACUGAUGGAUCAAAGUAAAUAUUAUGUUUUGUUCUGAAAACUCAGGUCACUAUUUGUAAUUAUGUUACUUAAUUGAUAUUUUAGUAAAUUAUUGUACCUUUGUA